UAGGGCGUUACAGCCUGAGCCACCCACAGCAGAAGGCCAUCUCCAAUGCGAUACUGUCUGACUUGAUUAUUGAUUGUAAUUUUCCUCUGUCUAUUGUGGAAAAUAAGAGCUUUCGUCACUUUCUGGCUGUGCUGGACAGCAAGUAUACCCCAGUCUGUCGCCGAACGCUGACCACAAAAACAGAGAGCCUUGCUGAGGAGAGACGUUCGAAGUUAAAAACUCAAUUGAGCAACACGGACCAUGUUUCAGUCACUGUGGACAUUUGGUCUGAUCGAAAGAUGAGGGGAUUCCUUGGUGUCACUGUGCACUGGAUGGAGAGAGAUGCAGAGAGGGUACAGCUAAAGACUAAUCUCUUGGCCUGCAACCGCUUCAAAGGCUCUCACACUGCGGAGCGCAUCUGUGACCAAUUUGAGGCAAUAUGUGAUGAAUACAACAUCAAAGCUAAAUUGGACUAUAUCAUUAGUGACAAUGCUGCUAACAUGCGCAAGGCAUUUACUGUCUGCUUCCCCAGCGAAAAGGAGGAAGAUGAUGAUGCUGGAGAUAAUCUUGAUGAUCCUGAGCUAUGGCAUGACUUAACCCUAGAAGACCAGCAAACCGUCAAUGCUGCUAUGGCAAAGAAACAGCGCCUGCAGUGUUUUGCACACACAUUGCAGCUGGUUGUGGGAGACGGUUUAAAAGAAACAAAAGUGGCAUGUCCUUCUCUCUCCAAGUUAUCAAAACUUAGCUCCCUGCUCCACACAAGCACAACGUUUAAAGACAUCUUCGAUGGUGAAUUUGGGGAGCACAGAGGCAUCCCUGCUGCAGUGAGCACGAGGUGGAAUUCCACACUGCGGCAGGUGAAAGCAGUCCUUCAUUGUGAUCAGCAAAAGCUCUGCGGAGUUCUUGAGAAGGCCGGGCAUAAAGAACUGUCAUUCACACCACGAGAGUGGAAUCUGCUGAAGGAAAUGGUGGACAUCUUGAAACCGUUCGGAGAAGCAACUGAUUUGACACAGGGGGAGAAAGUCAUUACAAUCAGUGCAGUUGUUCCAUCCGUCUUGUCCCUCAAUCACCAUCUUGAGAAGCUGAAGCCUCAAGUUCGUUUCCUGAGCGGCCUGGUCAGAGGUCUGCAGGCAUCCCUGAAAAAAAGAUUUCUUGGGAUCUUCAUUAAUGUGAAAAUGGCCCAGUCUCAAGAAGGGAUCACUGCCCCCUUUUCAGACACAGUCUAUCUGAAAGCAGCUGCCUUGGAUCCAGCCUUUUGUCUGCUGUGGAUUGAGCCCCAUGUGCUGGUCAACCGUGACAUCAAGGCAGAGGUGGCACAACGAGUUAAAGAAUUGAUCCUGCAAGAUGCUGCAGAGAUGGAGCAACCUGUGCCUGUGCCGGUGCCUGCUGAAGAAGAACUAGAGGACAUGGAAGGAGAAGGGCUGUUUGCUGCAUACCAUAAGAGGCAGAAAAGGGAUGUUGAGACCCCACCAGCAGUACAGCUAAGUCACUACAUUGACAUGGCAGAAGGACAGAAUGCCCUUUUGUUCUGGGCACUGAACAGUAAGACUCUUCCUUCACUCUUUCAAGUAGCCAUCCGAGUCUUGGCAGUGCCUGCUUCUAGUGCUCCAGUGGAGCGAGUUUUCAGCCAUGGUGGCAUCAUUCUGCGUCCCCAUCGUGCACAAAUGACUGACAGACUUUUGGCCAAUUUGAUCUUUUGCAAAUGCAAUGCAGUAUAGGGGCCUCCUUCGACCCACACACUCACUCUCUGCUCAACACCUGUCCACACAGCUCUCUCUCUCUCUCUCUCUCUCUCUCUCUCUCUCUCUCUAAAAAUCAGUUGUUGUUAAAUUUGAGUCUGUGAUUCAAAAAAGAAAAAAAAAUUAAUUGAACUUUUUAUUCAAUAACUUUAUAUGCUUUAUGAGAUUCUAUGCGUUUUUG